AUGGCAAGAUUUAGACUUGUAGGGCCCUGGGCGGUGGGGUUGUUGUUGUGGGUGUGUUCGCCGCUGCUGCUGCUGCGCUGCAGCGGGGGGGCCCUCGGCCCCAGCCGGCGGCUGCGCCCGACGCUGCGGCUUGCUGCAGAGCAGCAGCAGCAGGAGGAGCAGCAGCAGCUGCAGCUGGAGCAGCUGGACCUGGUGGUGGACGGGCUGCAGAGUCCCGCGGGCCUGGGGGCCCCCGUGGAGGCCCUCCUGGGGGCCCCCCGGGGCCCCUCGCGGCGGCAGCAGCGGCGGCGGCUGCCUGUGGGGCCCCUGCUGCUGACUGCUGCUGCAGUGGGGGCCCUUGUGGCGAACUUCGCGAUGCGGCGCGUGGGGGCCCCCCCGGGGGGCCCCCCCCGUGCGCGCGGCGCCGCCGCUGCUGCUGCGGAGGAAGAACAGCAGCAGCAGCUGCAGCAGCAGCAGCAGCAGCUGCUGCUGCAGCAGCUGCUCGCGGAGGCCGACAGCCUGCGCAGCGAGGUGCCGGAACACUUUGCUGCUGUUGCUGCUGCUUACAAAGAGCACUGCAGCACAAUAUCCCGGAGGUACAGAGAAGCCCUUUCGUGUCUGUACAGCAGCAAACUGGUGUCUGCUGCAGCAGCAGACGCAGCAGAAAACCACUUUUUGCUGCUGGAGGAAUCCUGGGGCCUCCAGGAGGUGCAGCAAACUUGGACAGAACUUGUGGAGAAGCUCACGCUGCAGAUGACUCCCCCGGAAGCAGCAGAAGUGUCUUCUCUUGCUGCUGCUCUCGUUUCCCAGUUUGCUGCUCGCCUCGAGCUGCUGCAGCACGAGUGCGCCACGGCCUUGGCGCAGCAGCGCCGCCACGUUGCUGCUGCGCUGCAGCAGCACGAGCUCGCCGCUGCAGCGGGGGGCCCCCUGGGGGACCCCGAACUCAGGGCUGCGCAGCAGUUUCUUUCUCAAGUUGCUUUUCUUAGAACAAAGGGCCCCAAACUUGAGCAGCUAAAGGGGCCCCUGGGGGCCCUCGAGAGGGCCCUUGCUGCUGCUACUGCAGCAGCACGAAAAGCUGCUGCAGCACGCAGCUCGGAGGAGCAGCGGCCGCCGCCACGCAAGCGCAAAAGGUCGGGAUAA